GUCGUAGUCCACAAGGUCUUUCUCCGUAAGUUAAUCCAAACCUACAUCAGCAUUACAUUAGGCAUAGGAUCCAUCUGUAGUUAAGACAAACGUAAUACCGAGGAACAAGAAAUAGUUUCCAAGGCCGCAAGAAAGGAGAGUUUUAGGAAGUCAAACUUUGCUGUUCAUCUUUUUCUUUGUAUCAAUCAAGCAUGGGUGCCGAGAUCUCGAAGCAGAUUCAGAGAAGGAAAGAUGUGUUGCGAGAAGCAAAAGUCCUGAGGGAUCUCAGCAAGACCUGCGGGACGCAGUUUCCCGGUUGUGACUACUGCUGUUCGGAUAGGAAGAACUGGAUGAACGGCCUCGAUCCCAGAAAGAUCCCUCUUUUCAAGAUUGUCUGGCCAGGAACUCAUGAUUCCGCGACAAACAGAAUUGGAAUCCGGUUCGUGUCUCGUCCUUUUGCCCAGUGCCAAUCGCUAAGUAUCUACAAUCAGCUCGUGGGAGGCACUCGGGUAUUUGAUAUUCGAGUCCAGAAGGAUCGCCGGGUAUGCCACGGGAUUUUAGCGACUUACAGUGUAGAUGUCGUCCUGAAUGACAUCAAGAAGUUUUUACACGAGACGAAGUCCGAGAUUAUAAUUCUAGAAGUCAGAACUGAAUUUGGUCAUCAGGACCCGCCUGAGUUUGAUAAGUACUUGGUGGAUCAACUUGGGGAGCACCUGAUCGGCCAGGAUGAUAGUGUUUUUGGUAAGACGAUUGCAGAGUUGUUGCCGAAGAGAGUGAUUUGUGUCUGGAAACCUAGGAACUCGCCCAAACCACAGGCGGGAGGCCCGUUGUGGGGUGAGGGCUAUCUGAAGGAUGACUGGCUCAAUACCGAUUUACCAUCAACCAAGUUUGAUAGCAAUAUGAAGCAUUUGGGUGAGCAGCCGCCAGCUUCCAUGAGGAAAUACUUUUACAGGGUCGAGAACACAGUAACAGUGCAAGCUGACAAUCCGGUUGUGUGUGUCAAGCCAGUCACUUAUCGCAUUCAUGGAUAUGCUAGGUUAUUUAUAUCUCAGUGCUUCUCUAAAGGGCUAGCUGAUAGGUUGCAGGUCUUCUCAACGGACUUUAUAGACGCAGAUUUCGUUGAUGCUUGUGUUGGCCUCACAAGUGCAAGGAUUGAAGGGAAAGCCCAAAAAGUGCCAUUUUAUGUGUUCAGUUAGUCUAUGUGAAGCUGAUUAUCCAUUUUUCUCGGGUUGACUUUUGCACACUUGAUGGUACAGAUUCUUUGUUGUCUACAGAGAUAUAGACAGUCUGUUUUCAAUGGGGUUGCAGUGUAAUAAUGUCAGUUAUACUUAAACUUAUACAAUGUCUUUCUGUAUGCUAAUUGAAAUUUCGAAACUUGGGAUAAGUGCCUUAACUGGGUAAAUCCCUCUGCUUUUUGAGUUGUCCUGGACUUGUUCUUGUUUUCAUGGAAUUUCCUGUAAGAAAUAUAACUUUUAACCGUGAAA